CGAAACUCACAUUGCUAGAAUGGGCAGAAUUAGGGUUUCCCAGACUCUUCCUUCAGCCCCUGAUCAACCCACACCCUCUGAUCUUCCAACUGCGAUGCUCAUUGAUGGAGAAGAAUUACAUAUUGGCGGAAUUGCAACGGUUGUAAACAAUGAAGCUUCGCCGGCUUCGUCGACGAAUGCAGAUACUGAAACUGAAAAGAAAAGCUGUAAAAAGAGGGAUUUGAGUGAAUACAAUUUGGAUGGCUUGAGUUGCCCUAUUUGUAUGGAGCCAUGGAAAUCCCAAGGCGAUCAUCAAGUUUGGAGUGAACAGUUGUUGCCAUCAGCUUCUGAUCAUUGAAUGAUGGGUAGUGGAGCUCCAAAUGUGAUGGAUGAAUGCCAUGUGCCCAAACCACCAGGCCAUAUCCCAAGAUUGUUGCUCCAUGGUGGUUUAAAUGGAUGAAUGCCUUCUUGACAUCACUCUCACCUAGAGAAGUCAACGAGGUAGAUAGGGACAACGAGGUAGAUAGGGACAGACCCUAUUCUGACCACAUUCUCUACAUUUGAUGGGUUCCUUACCUGUUCUCCAUCACUAACUCAAAUUAUUACUCCAAGCUCUUCAAACCUCAGCCCAACCCAUUUAUCAUAUAUACACAUAUGCUACUUGUAAUCUAUGCAAUGCACAAGGAUUUUGUAGGUUCUAGUUUGAGAUAAGUUUCAUCUUGUGUUACAUGGACUUUUCUAUUUUUCCCAAAGUACAUUCUCCGGAUAUAAGAAGGCUAUGGGUGUGGGAUAUGUGGCCAAUGCCCGUAUCCAAUGUACACACUUGGAUUCUAACUUUGAGAAGAUGAGAAAACUCACAUUUGUUAGUAAGGAAACAUUUCUAGCGUCACACAUGGAUGAGAGAUGGAAAUUUCAUUUUUUUUUUUUCUAAAUCCUAUUUAAUUUGAAGUAUAUUUCUAAAUAAUGUACAUCUUAUUCAAGAAUAUUAUACAAUAUCCAAUAUAUAUAAAUGUUUGAGACAUCAUUCCCGUAUUCAUACUCAACUUUUGGAUGCAUAUCCCAAUAUUCUAAAAUGUUUAGAAAGAUUUGACGAUUGGAUAAGCACCCAAAUACCCCGAGUCCAUGUAACAUAGGUUUCCAUGUAGCAAUAGGUGGCAUUUAUGACGAAAGCCAAUUUAUUUUAUUCAUUGGUUUGAGAUAUGCCUGUCUGAAAAUAGUACGUUCUUGUGUCAUCCUGGAUGGGAUGGCCUUAAUUCAGUCUAUUCAAUGAUGUUUGUCGUCAAUAAAUACCUUCAAUGAUGUUUGUCAAUGCCUUCUCUGUAUCUGAUCAUCUGAUAUUGUGGUUGGGGUCAAUAAAUACCCACUUCAGUCACACCCUCUCAACCAUUUCUAUAAGCACUUGGUAAUCGGUAGUUGUUCGUCAUUUGGCAGUUAACCAUUGUACCUGCACCAGUUCUAAAAACCAUUUUUCUUGUUUCUGUUGGCUACAUAGAUUAAUCACUUAAGUUUAUUAUAAUUGUAAAUGUGCAACAAUAUAUCAAUUUGGUUUUGUUGGUUAACGACUUACUGAUCACCCUUCUCUGCAUCGUGUUGCUUUUGUAUUCUUGCGAAUUAUAUUGGUGUAUAGGAUGGUUAUAUAGUUUUUAUUUUUAUUAUUUUAUUUUAUUUUUGGUGUUGGCUUAAAGCAGGUAGAGGAAUAUAGCCUUAGGACCCAUCUCAUACAAAUGAAACAUACUUUGAAGAAUGGUCAGCAGCCAAUGAUCGGGAAUCGGAGCACCUACAUGACUGCACAGAUGCUGAGCUAACAACAUUUUGCUUUGCCUCUUCACCAAAGACAAAUAACAACACUGUCUGCUUAGGUCUUAGUGAGUGUAUAUUGAACCUUUUUUUUUCUUUAUUUAUUCUGUGGGGAAUAUGCAUUUUUUCUUCAAUUAUUUUGUUAAAUUUUUUGAAAUUUUAUUUUAUUUUAUUAUUAGCGUAGAGCUGUUGGCUCCGUGCCUUCCACAUGUAAUUUUUGUAUCACUCAACUGAAAAGAAAAUGCAUGGCAAAGGUUCAGUGAAGUUUUGUACGUC